AAACACCCCACAGCUCAACUCUAGUCCAAGCUCCCUCUAUCUCUCUCUUUCUUUACUAAAACAAUGUCAAGCGAUAAAGUGCCCUUCGCCGGAGUAAUGCCGGACUCCGGCAGACGCAAGAAGCAAAAGAAGGUCUUCAUAGCCCUCUUCGCCACUCUCGUCGUCGUCGCCGCCGUUAUCGGCAUUGCCGCCGGCGUAAACUCCCGAAAGAGCUCGGUCUCCGCCGCCCACAUUGACGGCGCCACCCACGCCGUGUUGAAAUCCGCCUGCAGCAGCACUCGCUACCCGGAUCUCUGCUACUCCGCCGUCGCCGCUUCGGCUUCGUCCGGAGGCAGCAAAAAGGUGUCAAAUCUAAAGGACGUCAUCGGGCUCUCGGUGAACAUCACGAUCACCGCAGUCCAAGAGAACUACUUCAGCAUCAAGAAGCUGACGAAGCGGAAGGGCCUGACGAAGAGAGAGAAGACCGCCCUCCACGACUGUCUGGAGACCAUCGAUGAGACGCUCGACGAACUUCACGAAGUUCAAGACGAUCUCGAGCAGUACCCGAACACGAAGUCUCUGAAACAGCACGCCGAUGAUUUUCUGACGCUUCUCAGCUCCGCCAUAACCAAUCAGGAGACUUGUCUGGACGGAUUCUCGCACGACAAGGCCGACGAGCACGUGCGGGACGCGCUGAUCAAGGGGGAGGAGCACGUGGAAAAGUUGUGCAGCAAUGUGCUGGCCAUGAUAAAAAACAUGACCGACACCGACAUCGCCACUGAGAGGAAGACGGCCGGGAGGAAGCUCCAGGAGGAUCACGGCGUGGCGGGGACGGAGGUGGAUGGGGAGGGGUGGCCGGUGUGGAUGUCGGCGGCGGACAGGAGGCUGCUGCAGUCGUCGUCGGUGACGCCGAACGUGGUGGUGGCGAAGGACGGGAGCGGGGGCUACACGGCGGCGGCGGUGGCGGCGGCUCCGGAUAACAGUAAGACGAGAUACGUAAUUAGGAUUAAGGCGGGUGUUUAUAGAGAGAAUGUGGAUGUUUCGAAGAAGAAGAAGAACAUCAUGUUCCUCGGAGAUGGGAGGACCACCACCAUCAUCACCGCGAGCAGGAAUGUGGUUGACGGAAGCACCACCUUCAAUUCCGCCACUGUUGCUGCGGUUGGCGAGGGCUUCCUAGCACGAGACAUAACCUUCCAAAACACAGCCGGACCCUCAAAGCACCAAGCCGUGGCCCUCCGGGUCGGGUCCGACCUCUCCGCCUUCUACCGCUGCGACGUGCUUGCCUACCAAGACUCCCUCUACGUCCACUCCAACCGCCAAUUCUUCAUAAACUGCCUCGUCGCCGGCACCGUCGACUUCAUCUUCGGCAACGCCGCCGCGGUCUUGCAGGACUGCGACAUCCACGCCCGCCGCCCCAAUUCGGGCCAGAAGAACAUGGUCACUGCCCAGGGCCGAACCGACCCGAACCAAAACACCGGAAUCGUGAUCCAGAAGUCCCGUAUCGGAGCCACCUCGGACCUCAAACCCGUCCAGAGCAGCUUCCCGACAUAUCUCGGGCGGCCGUGGAAGGAAUACUCGAGGACGGUGGUCAUGCAGAGUGACAUCAGCAACGUGAUCGUCCCCGCCGGGUGGCACGAGUGGAGCGGAAGCUUUGCGCUGAACACGCUGGUUUACAGGGAGUACCAGAACACCGGCGCCGGCGCCGACACGUCGAAGAGGGUGACGUGGAAGGGGUACAAGGUUAUCACGGGUGCCAGUGAGGCUCAGCAGUACACUGCCGGAAAUUUCAUUGCCGGAGGGAGUUGGUUGAGAGCCACGGGAUUUCCUUUCUCUCUUGGUCUGUAAUCUGAAGUUUAAUUAUUACGAAGCAAUUACGCACGUUGUAAUCACGCGGUAUUUUGUUGGCUCGUAAUUCCUUGAGUUUAGCUUGUUUACGUGGUCUUGCGCGGGAAUCAAGCUUGUAUUUGUAUUAUCUGUCGAUUCCCUGUCCAAUUCUCAUUUGGUAAGAAAUAUAAUUCUUCAUUUUCAGGAUCA